AUGAAGUUCUCCGUUGCUGCUCUCGCCUUCGCCGCUGGCGCCUCUGCUUCCUACCCGGUCGCUAGCGAACCUGCUGCCUACCCUGUAUCCAGCGCCAGCGAGCCCGCUGCUUACCCCGUCUCCAGCGCUAGCGAGUCUGCCCCGGUUUCCAGCGCUUCUGCUUCCGCCUCGGUCCCCGUCGUGACCUCCUCGGCUUCUGCUCCCGCCUCUUACCCGGCUGUCAGCUCUUCGGCCUCUGCCCCGGCUUCGUUCCCUGCCGCCGGUAACGCUACUCAGUACACCACUGAGGUCGUUACCUCGUACGAGACCUACUGCCCCGGCCCUACUCAGAUCACCUACGGCACCAACACCUACACUGUCACUGAGGCCACCACCUUGACCAUCACUGACUGCCCUUGCACCAUCAGCAAGCCCAUCUACACUACUUCGUCAGUUUCCUGCGCUACUUGUGCUCCCGCUGGUAGUGCUCCCGCCAGCAGUGGCCCGGCCCCUCCUACUUACCCUACUUCGGUCCCGGCUCCCCCCAGCUACCCUAACAGCACCGCCAGCACCGCCCCCGUCAACACCCCCACCUCGGUUUACCCUACCGGUGGUGCUCCCGGUGUUACCAGUGCUUCCGCCUCGGCUACCGCCAUCCCCACUGCGGGUGCCGGUAAGGCUGCUGCCCUCUCCGGAGCUGGCCUCGCUGGUCUUCUCGGUCUUGCCGCUGCUCUUUUGUAA